AUGACGACGGCAGACGCAUUGGACCUGUCCGACGAACCAAUCAAGGACUUCGGCACUCUAGGCAAAACUGCAGCCACCGGCUUGGACAUGGGAGCCGGCCAGGUGAAUCCAAACAAAGCGGUGGACCCCGGCCUGGUCUACGACCUGCACGCAUCGGACUACGUCAACCUGCUCUGUGCGAUGAACUUCACCAAGAAUCAAAUCAAGGCAUUCACACGCUCAUCAUCCGCCGCCGCCGACUGCUCCAACCCGUCGCUCGACCUGAACUACCCUUCGUUCAUCGCGUCGUUCGCGAAGAAGAAGAAUUACUCCACUAGCUGUCAGCCGAGCGAUCUGCAGGUUGCGGAGUUCCAUAGGACGCUGACGAAUGUUGGUGAAGCGACGGCCUGCUACAGAGCGGUUGUGACGCCGUUGAAAAGGUUCGUAACCAGAGUGGUGCCGGAGAAGCUGGAGUUCAAACAUAAAGGAGAGAAGCUCGGGUACAAGCUUGUCCUGGAAAGAGUUGAGGAGUCGUCGUCGUCGCCGGCGGAGGAAGAAGAAGAAUUUGUUGCCUCCGGUUAUCUGAAGUGGGUUGAAGUUGGGGGUACUCAUGUGGUGCAGAGCCCCAUCGUCGCCACGAUCAAUAAUUAA